AUGUCGGCCACGGAAGAAUUGGCUGCAGAGGCAGAAGCCAGCUGCAACAAGACAAAUACAAUUGCUGGUGCCGGUGACCCCUCUGAAGACCCGUGUUCCAGCCACCAACCACAGCGCCCGCAGCAAGCGGAGGACCAGGCACAGGCCCAGGAAGCCGCUACUACAGCGGACCACUUGGACCUUGGCUUCUCUGACGUCUCCAACCCGCAACUUUUCCAGCUAAACCCGCACUCCCAUGUUGUAAACAACAACACCAUCGACACCACCGCAAACAAACCGUCCUCACACCCAACCCGUGAUAACACGACAACUUCAAACCCCUCAAAUACCACACCGCCGGGCUCUUCUACGACGAAUAAAACAAAACAAACUCGCAAACCCUCACCAAAUCUCGCUGCCCGAUUGAAAGCGCUCGGUUUUACCUCGCACAAAAAGGCUACAGACCAACCUCUUGGUCAACAAGACAGCGUUGGGCGCCUGCCCGAAGACCAGAUCCGCCUAAUCGACGAAAAUCAUAAGGCGAGUUCCGUCGAAUCGAAGAUCAAUCGCCGCGGUCGCCCUUGGAAGGGCAUUACAUCGUCCGACGAUCCGAGACCACUGACUGCAUCUUCCACUGCUUCUAGAGAAGACACCAGCGCUUGGAUAUUGACAUCCUCGCCAGACGUUGCCCUGGGCGCGUCUCUCGUCCUACCCGAGAUCAUAACAACCGAACCCUUGGACAUGGAGACGCAAAAAUAUCGUCUGCCUGACCACACCAAUGGGAACGGUACCAAGGUACAACUUGAGACUCGACGAGAGCAUCUCGAACGCAAUGGUGCCCUUCCUGCCUCCGAUCAACCCCCACCUCCACCACCGAAAGACACACCCCCGGUGCCGGUGGUCGAGUUCACGCCCGAUCUUGCGUCAUACUUUACUCCCGGCCACCAGCGACCCGGUUCCAUUUACACGCUUUCCCGGGCAUCUUUCGCCAAUCAACUAGCUCAACUGACAUCACUUCAACUUCCCGAUGCGGAGUCUUUGUCCAGCAAGGUGUCUGCUAUCCCAACAGCACAAGUCGCAUCAAAAGCCCUGAUCAACGCUGCAGAGCAAAUCAGAAGUUGGAUCUACAAGGCAUCAGAGGUUAUUGGUGGCUUGGACAGCGACGAUGACGUGGAGUGGGCAGCGGCAGGAGGUCGCGAAGGAUACGAAGAAGUCGAGAACGCCAUACAUCGCUUCGAGAAACUGAUUAAAGUAUACGUCGGUGCUAUUGAGGAAUUGCAAGCUCGCGAAGACAUUGCCGGAGUCCCGCCCGAGGAUCUUCAUCGCGCCGUCUCCCAGAUGGAGUCUAUUAUCGAGGAGUGGGCCAAUAUCAAAGCGGCACUAAACACCGUUAAAGGGCAAGUCGAAAUCGCGAUGGAGUGGGAAGAACUGUGGAACAGUGUUCUGGGAGAUAUCCAGAGCGAAAUGGAUGAACUGAGCCGUCUGGUCUUCGAGAUGGAGGAACGACGUCACAAGUCGCUGAUGGCUGCCGCAGGCGGCGACGGCGUCGAUAUCGGAGACCUUGAGAACAUUGUGGACGAUACUCCUCCUCCCGUUGCAAGAAUGCAGGCGCAAAACCGCUUCAGUCUACCAGGUCUUCCGCUCAGUCCUGGGUCGACAUCUCCAGGAACGCCCACGCCCACUUUGUCACAAGAUGAUUCGAGUCUACUAGCCCUUUUCGCACGGAUGCAACCUUUGCGCGCAUCGCUGGACUUCCUUCCUAUGCGACUCGCCGUGUUCGCUGCCCGAGCCGAAAAAUCCUUCCCGACCGCUUGCGAGGAAUUGGACAUGCGACGCACCGGUCUCGAUGGCAGUUACAAAAAGUUGGAAAAAGAUGCUGAAUCAUUGCGUAAGGAAUUGGGCGAGGAUCGUUGGGUCAUUGUUUUUCGCGGAGCAGGACGACAGGCCCAAAAGAUGAUCGAGUCUGUCGAGAGAUCGAUGGUCAAGCUAAGAGAGGCCGUCGACACCGGCAUGCAUUUGAGCAACCCGCCGACAAUGAUCAAGAAGAUCGAGAACUAUGACGCAAAGAAAACGCACUAUGGCCCAGCUAUCGAGCGAGUUUUGGCUAUCAUCGACAAGGGCGUUAAGGACCGGCUAACUGUCAAUGGCGAGAUUCUCCGUUUGCAUGCUGAGAUGGAGUCGAAAUGGGAAUCAAUCAAGGACGAGAUGAGAGAGAUGGACGUGGUUGUGGACGAAGUGCAAGUGGAUACCCGCGGCCAGCAAUUGAGGGAUUCCAUCUCCAGCAUGCUGUCAAAUGAUCGCUCCACGAUUGGCAGCGGUCGCGACACCCCUGGCAGCUCUCCUCCUUCUUCGGUCAUUAUGUCGAGUCUCGGUCUAGAGCCAGUCACUCCCAGAAACAAGAUGGCAAAGAACCGCUCUGUAAGCACCAAUAGCCACUUACCACAGCCAUCAGGUAGACGACAGUCGUCAUUGCCAACGCCUUCCUCUCAACUGCCGCGCAAGCCCUUGGUCCCUCGACUGUCGAACAUGACCUCGAGGCUCGGUACUCCAUCCACGGGCACUAUCCCCAGACCUGCGUCGACGCAACCUAAUCGGCCCAGGUGGAACGGCUCGACCAACACCACGGAUUCCCUAUGCCAAGAAGACGUCCCCGGCCGCUCGACCAUCAUCCUCCUUGACCCCGCGAUCUUCAUCGCCCGGUGGUACGAGGAUGCCAACCCUUCGGAGCCCCCUUACCCGAGAGUCAUCCGCGUCACCUAUGCCCGAGGACACACCUACGAAGAGGGCUCCAUCGAAGCUGUCAUUCCGAGAGCGCCUGGCCUCGCCUGGUCCGUAUUCUCAACAGACACUGUCUAA